ACCAGUGGGAGAAGAAUUGACACCAGCAAAAUCGUAACCAACGAAUCCAUACCCAUUUUUGACAUGUCCAACUGGGAAGAUCCCAACGUUGCAGAUUCAAUCUGUCUAGCUGCAGAGAAAUGGGGUUUCUUUCAAAUUGUUAACCAUGGGGUCCGUGUUGAAGUUUUGGACCAUGUUAUGGACGCUACCCAUCGUUUCUUUGGACUUCCAGCUGAUGAGAAGAAUAAGUAUUCCAAAGACCAUUCUCCUUCUAACAGUGUGAGGUUUGGCACAAGCUUUAGCCCUCAAGCUGAGAAGGCUUUGGAAUGGAAAGAUUACCUUAGCCUUUUCUGUGUCUGAAGAGGAGGCUACUGCUCUCUGGCCUCCUGCUUGCAGGUACAAUAUUAUUACCUCUACAAGCACUAUAAAUUAGUAUCAAAAUC